CGCCGACCAUUCCCCUUCGCGGUCGUCUGCGGUCGAUUCCAUUUCCAGUCCCAACCAUGUCCACCUCCGAGCACAUCUCGCCGCUCUCCUACGUCCUCGAGCCCGCCAUCGUCGCCGGGCUCCUCACCGCCGGCUGUCUCCUCAACCGUCGCCGCGCCUCCGAGCUCAAGCUCCUCGAUGCAGGUCCCAACACCCCGCCCGCCGCGCCGACCACCCUGCCCUUCUUCAAAUGGCGGGUCCGCGUUCCGGACAACUCGCGCUUCCGGCACACCCUCACCAGCCGCUUCCUGGCCUACUUUCCGUUCCUCAUGGAGGUCUGGUACUGGCUGAACACGUACUGGAUAUACCAGAUCGCACGUGCCAUCUCGGCGCUCACGCUCGUCGACGAGACCACCGCCAUCGCCCGCAAACACGGAAUCCAGAUCCUCACCCUCGAAGGCUACCUCGGCCUCCGCAUCGAGCUCGCCGUCCAGCACUGGGUCAUGCGCUCCCCGCUCGCGAUCGACUGGCUGAACAAGAUCUACUCCUACGUCCACAUCCCGGCCACGAUCGCCUUCAUGGUCUACUUCUUCAAAUACGCCCCGCCGCCCGUCUUCCGCCGCGUCCGCCGCACGCUCGUCUGCUGCAACCUCCUCGCCUUCAUCGUCUUCACCGCCUGGCCCUGCAUGCCGCCCCGCCUGCUCCCGUACGAGGAAUACGGCUUCGUCGACACCGUCCACGCCCACAAGCACGCCUCGGCCUGGACGACGAACAAGUUCCAGAACCAGCUCGCCGCCAUGCCCUCCCUCCACUUUGGCUACUCGUUCGUCAUCGGCAUGUCCCUCUUCUUCUUCAGCCCCCACAAGUGGGUCGCCCGCGCCGGCCCCUUCUACCCCGCCCUCAUCCUGCUCGCCAUCGUCUCCACCGCGAACCACUACAUCCUCGACGCCGUCGCCGGCUUCUUCGUCUCCGUCAUCGCCUGGAAGAUCAACUGGGUCCUCCUCAACCUCCGCCCGCUCGAGGAGUGGGGUUUCUGGCUCUGCAGGACCGAGAAGCCGAUGGACAAGGAGAUCUUCGUCCGCCUCACCGGGCUCGACAAGCACCUCCCGUACCCCGUCAUGGCCGAGGGACGUAGGAGCGACGAUCUCCAGCGCAGGCUCCUUUCCGAGUCGGAGUCGUCCUGAGGCGGGCGUUUCUCGGGGCCGACUGAUCCCUCUACACCGUUUAUCACGCAACUACACGAAGACGAAAUGAAAAACCACGAAAACUUCGAAUCAGUACCUACACAUACGUAUCUACCGUACACCACAGAGUACUUCCUUGCACGCAUCGUUAUCAACCACAAAGCCUGUAA